GCGCCCACCCUGGCCAUGCUCUCCCUUCCUGCCUGGAAGUGCUCUGAGGCGACACUCAAUGCCAGCCAGGUGAAUACUAGCUCUCCUGAAUUCACCGAGGAAUGGAAGAAGAGGAUCCGAGAGUUGCAGGGCGCCAUCAUGGUCGCUUCCUGUGUCCAGAUUCUAGUGGGCUUCUCAGGCUUCAUCGGUUUUCUCAUGCGCUGCAUUGGCCCCUUGACCGUUGCUCCGACCAUCUCCCUGGUGGCCCUGCCUCUCUUCCAUUCUGCGGGGAAUAACGCUGGGAGCCACUGGGGGAUUGCUGCCGUGACCAUCUUCCUCAUUGCGCUGUUUUCUCAGUACCUGAAAAAUGUCGCCGUGCCCGUGCCUGUUUAUGGACGAGAGAGGAAGUGGAACAUCUCUAAGUUCUCCCUGUUUCAGGUCUUCCCUGUGCUGCUGGCCCUCUGCAUCUCAUGGCUCCUCUGCUUAGUGCUCACAGUCACCAACGCCCUCCCCACGGACCCCACAGCCUCUGGGUACCUGGGCUGCACCGACACCAAAGCCAACGUCCUGAGCCAGGCUCCUUGGUUUCGCUUCCCUUACCCAGGACAGUGGGGCCUCCCCACUGUCAGCCUGGCUGGGAUCUUUGGGAUCACGGCUGGUAUCUCCUGGAUGGUGGAGUCAGUAGGCGAUUAUUAUACCUGUGUCCGGCUGAUGUGGGUCUCACCCCCUCCGAAGCAUGCCAUCAACCGUGGCAUCGGCAUUGAGGGUAUCGUCUGCCUGCUGGCAGGGGCCUGGGGGUCCGGGAACAGCACCACCUCCUACAGGCAGAAUAUAUGGGUACUGGGGAUCACCGAGGUGGUGAGCAGGAUGGUGAUGGUCACUCCGGGCUGUGUGCUGCUCAUGAUGGGAGUAUUUGGGAAGAUCGGGGCUUCAUUUGCCACUAUCCCAACCCCUGUGAUCAGAGGCAUGUUCCUGGUGACUACAGGUGCCAAUGCUUCUGGGUUUGCCAUGGGGGCCUCUCUCCUGCAGUACGUGGACAUGAACUUGUCCAGGAACACUUUUGUCUUUGGCUUCUCCAUCUUCUGUGGGAUUUCCAUUUCCAAAUGGGUGAACAGGAACGCUGAGAUGCUCCACACAGGGAUUUUCCAACUGGACCAGGUCAUCCAGGUGCUGCUGACCACGGACAUGUUUGUAGGGGGAUUUCUGGGCUUUCUACUAGACAACACCAUCCCAGGAAGUCCAGAGGAGAGAGGCCUCCUGGCAGAGGAUCAAAUCCAGAAAGUGUCUGAGGAGACUCCGAAGGCAUCAGAGGUCUACAGCCUCCCCUGUGGGAUUGGCACAAAGUUCUGCACUUCUUCCUAUACUCAGUACCUCCCCUUCUGGCCGAGACUGGAACAUGGUGGGAAAGGUGAGGUGGGAGUGUGCCAGCUUACCGUCUGCUCCCAGGAUUCCUCAGGAGAGUGUCUGAAGGGCGCCACAGAAACCAGAAUGUAA